UUUGGUUUUGGAUAAAUAAUUAUAAAUUUAUAAAUAUUCUUAGAUUUAGUGAAUUAAAUUGUUACGCCAAAAUAGUUUCGCUUAAACAGUGCAUAUUACAAUCUAAAAUAUAUAAAUCAAUAGUCUUACAAUGGCAUCCAAGCAAAAAACUAUCUUCACCCGAAGUAAACCUCUCCUAAAUAUUUACAGUGGGAAGGAUAAUGAAGGCAGGGAGGUGGAAGUGCGCGAAGAUGCGGAACAACUCGUGAAAUGGCACGAGAUAUCCGAUGCCCUCGUUGCCGCCGGCUACUACAGAGCCCAGCUGCAGGGGCUGUCGGCCUUCGACAAGAUAGUCGGAGGGCUCACUUGGUGCAUAGAGUUGUGUGACAUAGAUGUGGACAUAAGUUUACUGUUUGAAGAGAAUCUUACAAUAGGCAAGAAAAUAGCGUUAACAGAAAAGAUAGUUAAAGUGUUGCCAAGUUUGAAGUGCCCUUACAUAAUAGAACCUCAUCAGAUUCAAGGAUUAGAUUUUAUAAACAUAUUCCCAUUGGUGCAGUGGUUGAUCAAAUACUCCAGUGAGUUUAGAGAAGCAAAAGAGGAUGAAUUAAGAAAGUUUGCAAUAAUGCAGUAUGAAAAAGAUCACAUGUUUGAAUCAGAUCAAUUAUAUUUCCUCCAGAGAGAGAAGUUGUUGAAAAAUGUAUCCGUCAUACAGAAUCUAUACAAACCUUGUCGAGUGCGCAAAAGAAAGGGUGGCUUAGCAGAUAAUGAGCUGGAACAAGUGAACUCUGUGUUAUCUGAAUAUGAUCAAAGAAUGUUAUUGUUGAUACCUAGUAAUCAAGAUGAAGACAAAAAAGAUGAGGGACUGGAAUUCUUGUUUGAGUAUGAGAAAAGUCUUGCAGAUCCAACAAACAUUACAACAGAGACUGACUUAUUUAUUCAAGAGAAUGAAGAAAAUAUAAAUCCAAAUACAAAAUUGCAUUAUGCAUUAUUGCAUUCUGAAUUAACUGGUGACAUACCAAAAGAGCUUGAGCAAAGUGAAAGAAUAAAGUACAACAAAGAUAUAGAAGAUCUAAGCAAGGCUAUAAGUUUAUUAGAGAAUGAAGUAGAUUCUACUAAAAAGAUACACGAGGAGAGAAUGGAAAGAACAAAGUCUAACUAUACUGAUGUUACAAGAAAAAUGCAGCAUUUAACAAAGAAACUUAUAAAACCUGAUGAUUACAGUGAAAAGGAUGUGAAAGUUUUCUACAAGGCACUAAAGGAAUUAGCAAAGGAAAGAAACGAGAUACUAAAAGUGAUUGAGCACAGGCAAAAUGAACACGAGGUUCUUCAAAACACAUUGAGAAAUCUUGAGGAACCUAAUACAGUUAUAGAAGACAAUCCACUGACACCCGAAGAGUUGAAAGAAUUUCAAGAUCGGGAAUCAAAAUUAAAAGAAUUCAUUGCUCAAAUAAGGGUGGAACUGGGACACUUGAAUCGUCAAGUGCUGAGAUACUCUGUUGCCAUAGAUGAAGUACCGGGACCUGCAGAGCUACUGCAGUAUGAGAAGAGAUUCGUGGAGUUGUAUAAUCAAGUCGCCUCAAAACACAAGGAGACCAAACAGUAUUAUAUAUUUUAUAAUACACUCUAUGAAGUCAAGCUGUACACUUCUAAGGAGUUAAGUUUGUUAAACUCCAUCUUGGACAACUAUGAAGAAGCAAUGUCAUCAACGAGGAAGAGGGAGGAAUUUAUGACUCAAUUUGAAUCAAUAGUGGAAUGGGUGAACCAAACUGUGAAAAAAGUGGAGCAGAAGUUCAAACACGAGAAGGACCAGAAAGCUUCCCUGCACGCGGAAUAUUCUAGGCUAAUGGAAGUGCAGAGGGAGUAUGCGGCUGCCCUGAAAAAGUUGGCCUCCGGGAGACAGAAAAGUGACAGAUCUCAGUAAUAACAUUCUGCAAACAUACCUAAAGUGUUGAAAGUUGUUCUUAAAUUCCUGGAAGUGUGGUCUUCUUCUUUUUCUUCUUGAAUCUUUAUUUCAGCAGCUAAAAAUCUUAUUUCAUACAGAUCAAUAUGUGUCUGAGAAGAAGAAAUAGUUAAGAGAUCUGCUAGGUCAGUAUAUAAUAAAUUAAUAAGUUAUUAAAGUAUAUUCUUAAGUUAAUAUUAAUUGGAAUUCAUUCAAUGAAAGUUUGCUUGAGAGAAAGAAACAAUCGAUUGUGAGAUUAUGUACACAAUGGUAUUAUAGUUUGUGCGUUAUAUCAUAUAUGAUGAUAUGCGUGACACA